AGCCAAGUUAUAGCGAAGGGCCGAAGGCGGAAGUGAGUGCGGUCUGCGGCUUGCUUAGGGCUUGACUGAAACUCGACUGCCGAAAGGGAAAUAACUCUGUAGUAGCGGAAAAGGAGAAACCAGCGAUGGGGAGCGAGUCGAAAUCCAGCGGCAACACCGCUCCGAAUGGCGGUGGAGGAGGAGGGUUCAAGUCGAGGUUAGAACAUGCCAUGUACAGUGGGGACAAGAAGCAUGUCUUGGCUGGGAUAGCCGUAAUAUCAGUCAUCUUCGGCAUCCCUUGGUACCUCAUGAACAGAGGAUCAAAGCAUCAGUCGCAUCAAGAUUACAUGGACAAGGCUGAUAGGGCACGGAAGGCAAGACUUUCUUCUGGUUCUUCAGCUAGCUAAUCUCAGCAAACCUCAAAAACCCUUUUCAUAGGUAUAAAGACGUGUUGUUUGCAUAGUACAAUAGCUAAGUCAUUUUUUUUUAGCAAAAGGAAAGACAGCUAUUAGUCGAGAUUUCUUGUCUGUGGCUACCUCAGUUAUUUUGUUUUCAGCUGGCUGUUAGCAGGUCAGGGAAUAAAGCAUACAUUAUUUUGUUUUAGUGUUAAAUCAAAAUGAAGAUUCAUGUUUUGAUGGCCUGGGGCACAGUGUAUAUGGAUGAUUCUUAUCUGUGUAACCAUCAGUUGAGAAGUUCGUCCAAGUUCGAAUAAUAUGAUUGCAGUCUUGGCCA